CUUAGGCCCGAUUUCACCAAACACCAAACCAACAGUUUAACGAAAUGAAAACUGCAGUUUGGCCGUAAGCGACAGAAUCGAAUUUCACCACACUCGUUUAGGGUCACGUGACUCCCAAAACUCCAGUUCAAACUUACCGGCCAAGUUUGGUCGGUCAGCCUUCGAAAACGGGGGAUUCUAACCUAUGUUUUGUUUUCAUUGCACUAUCACAUUAUCACAAACAAAAGCAAUCUAUUGCCGCGUCCCGGCGUACUGCAAUCGUAAAGAGCUGAGAGUUUAGGUUUUGUCAUUUCAAAUUUUGUUCAAUAAGAUUAUUAUUGUUUCCAUUUACUUAUAAAUUAGUAAGUUUAUUAAAUUAUUAGUUAUGGAACGGCCAAAAGCCAGGAGGAGGUGUUAUGAAUUGGCUUUUGAAAGUGACAGCGAUGAAGAAAAUGUUAUUCGCCGUCCAAGAUGGAUAAAAGAAAGAGCUAAUGAAUUUGAUGAUUUAGAUAAUAUAGAUUUCAUCACCAAAUACAGAUUAUCUAAACGAACAGUUUUAUGUGUACUGGAACUCAUUGAACAUAAGCUGGAAUUUCCUUCAGACAAGAAUGAUUGUGUAUCACCAAUCAACCAAUUACUUUGUGCCCUUCGAUUCUACGCUACAGGCUGUUAUCAAUCAGUUUCUGGGGAUCUAAGUGGUUUUAGUACAGCCACCGCCCACAGAAUUGUGCACAGGGUGAGCUGCGCGAUUGCAUCCAUAAGGGAACACUUUUUGAGAUUUCCUGAGACUCCGGAGGAAAUAAAAGAAAAUCAAUUACAAUUUCAUAAAAUUGCCAAGUUUCCGAGAGUUGUGGGUGCCAUAGAUUGCACUCAUAUACGAUUUGGAAAGUGCCCAAAUGCUGAAGAUGGCGAAGUUUUUCGAAACAGGAAAAACUUUUUCUCCCUGAACGUCCAGGCUAUUUGCAAUGCUAAUUUAGAGAUGUUGGACAUUGUUGCGAGGUGGCCAGGCAGUACACACGAUUCAUUCAUUUUCAAUAAUAGUUUGAUAAAAACAAAUUUCGAAAAUGGAAGGUAUGGGGAUGCCUUGUUAGUUGGAGAUUCUGGAUAUGGCUGCAAAAACUAUUUAAUAACUCCACUGGAGAACUGUGUAACGCCAGCAGACCAUUUAUUCAAUGAGUCACAAAUAAGAACGAGGAACCCGAUUGAACGCAUGUUUGGGGUUUGGAAAAGAAGAUUUCCAGCAAUGGCAUUAGGGCUGCGUUUGAAUUUGGAGAAUUCAUUCCCAGUUAUAGUUGCUACUGCUGUACUCCAUAACGUUGCACAACAAUCCAGAGAAGUGAUUCCUCGUGAUGAUGAGGCAGUGGUUCUUCCUGCUCCUUGGGAUGUUCUCAUAGCUGAAGGAGACAUAAGAGCACCACUCAUCAAUGUUGGAGGACCCCAGAGAGGAAACGUCAACUUCAGAGUACGCCAUUCCCUUGUGACAAAUUAUUUUCACAGACUUGCACAACGGGAAGUAGAGAAUGCCGUGGGAGCAUUUGAGAAUGGAGAAUAACAUAUGCAAAUUAAUAUGAUGAGAUUUUUUAUAUUUACACGAAAAAAAUAAAAUAAUUAUUGGAUCACAUAAAUA